AUGAAGGUCGCUCUGGCUCUUUUCUUCAGCGCCGUGGCUUAUGCGAACUAUGAAUUUACAGCCUGGUCAGAGAUUGGCUGUAUUGGGAGCAAGGUCGCCAGCACCUCUGGGGAUACUUUUGACAGUUAUUGCCAUGAUGUCUCUGGUCAGGGUUGGUAUUCCAUUGGAGGAAGUGCCAUGUCCAUCGCUGGCCAGUCAAUUGUAUUCUGUCAGGAUUCUGGUUGUUCUGUGGACUGUUUUGGCGUCGACGAUACUGCUCAAUGCUCCAUGUUGUCUAGUCCCUAUUACGAACAACCAAUUGGAUCAUGGAAAGCGGUCCAAAAUUAA